AUGGAAGAUUCAAAUAGGAAUCAGCCUCCCGCUUCCGGAAUUUCCGAGUCUACCACAUCAAACCGACCGCAAUGUGGCAUUCAGCCCGCUGCCAGAGAAAGCAUUAUCGAAGGUACAAGCCGAAACAUUGGGUUUCAUCCUUGGAGUGUCCUGCUUCAUAACGGAAAUCGACGCACACUUAUCUCUGCCGAGUAUGUGCUAACGUCUGCCGGUUGCGUAGAUGAGGUCGACAAGAGGGUUAACUUAACUGCCAAGCUUGGUGAGUACGACCUCGAAUCGGACGUUGACUGUAUCUUCGCGGGCCCGAAUGACGAUAUGAUCUGCGCCAAACCGUCGUACGACGUGAAGGUAGCGGAAGUUCUGGUGCACGAAGCAGCCGGUAAUCGUCUUCAUGAUAUUGCGCUACUACAACUGUCCGAGCCGGUAAAAAUUGAUGAGUGGGUGUCUCCGAUAUGUCUGCCUGAAUCGGCAGCAAUCGAUCAUAGUGCCACGUACCAUUCGGCCAGCUGGAAUCAGAACACGUGCGAGGAUGGAAGCAGACGCUACAAGUUCUUGUCGAACUAUAGCCUAACGAACGUAACGGCCAACAAUUUUAUAUAUGUCUCGUCGGCUGGACAGCCGUUCGUCGAUGUUGGCGGUGCGUUGACGGUGACAAAAACGAUCGACAGCAACGAUGGAUCACGAUCGGUAAAUGAGCUGGUCGGAGUUCUUAGUUCGACGGCAACCUGUGCAAACUAUGACGGAGUUCUCGUGUAUACGAAGGUGGGCCAAUACCUUGAAUGGAUUCAGGAUAAGCUUGUCAAUGAAGAGAGUGCAACAACCCGUGUGUAA